AUGAAAAAACUCAUCAGGUCCAGACAUAAGUUAAUUGACUUGAAUCCGCAACAUAUGCAAUGCUCGUUCAUAUUAGAAAUUUGUGCUAGUGAUAGAUUGUAUAAUAUAAAAAAUGAAGUUGUUGUAACCCAACUUAUCACAAAUAGACAAUUAUGGAAACACGUAAUAAUAAUUCCUUUAAAUAGGAUUCAAGCGUAUAAAUUAUCAGCUGAGAGACUCACGAAUGCUAAACGGAUGGCUCCUGAGAAAGUAGAUCUAGCAUUGACAUUAAUCGGUUAUGAUCAUGAAACUGCUAUAGAAUAUAUAUUUGAAAAUACCUUGAUAAUUACAAAUGCAAAUAGAGCUAAAAAAGUGAAUUUUAACAGGAAUGUACAAACUAAAUCUGUUAUUAUUGAAGGAGAUGUUUAUGAUCCUACUGGAACUCUUUAG